CUUCUCAUUGUAAGGAAGGAUGAUACAAAACUAGUCAACCUACAUUCAUUUUAAAAUAAGGCUUAUACAUUAAUAUAAGUUACUUAAAUGCAAUUUGGAACUGGAUUAUAACUCUAGAGGUGAAAAAAUUAUUCAUUCUUCUCUCCAAUUUGUUCAUAUGUUUUCCUCUUUAAAUAUCGAAACUACUUACGAAAAAUCCUGCGUACGCCAUGCACCAGUACUGUUCCACUACUUGCCGAGUAGUGGGUGGAAAAGGAAAGAAAAUACCGAAAGAUGUAAUAAGUUGCAAAAAUCUUUGGCGGAGAUGUUAGCCUAGUUUUACCCUCUAGCAGGGAGAUAUAGAAAAGAUGACUUGUCAAUUCAUUGCAAUGAUGAAGGCGUUGAGUAUGUCGAAACCAAAGUCAACACGGAUCUUGCUGAAUUUCUCCAUGAAGGACCCAAUAACAUUGAGCUUUUCGAUGAUCAUCUUCCAUGGCGUGUUCCUCCGAUAAGAGAUCUGUCGUCAAGUCCAUUACUUGGAAUCCAAGUGAACAAAUUCAAUUGUGGAGGACUAGUCAUGGCGAUACAAAUUUCACACAUCUUAGCGGAUGGUUUCACAUUAGGAACAUUUGUCAACGAAUGGGCGCACAUUAACAAAACAGGGACAACAAAAGGUUGUGUCCCGAGUUUUGGUCAGUUGUCAUCACUCUUUCCUGCAAGAGUGCUACCAGAACCUCAGUUCUCACUACCUUCCAACAUGAGUGCUAAGAUUGUCACAAGGAGGUUUAUGUUUGAUGCAUUGGCAAUAGCAGAGCUCAAAGACAAAAUCGACUCAAAUAGUGUCACAGUGGCGAAAUCUACUAGAAUGGUGUCUGUUAUGGCGUUAAUAUGGAAGGUUCUUACGAGCAUUUCCUCAGCCAAACAUGGACAUUCAAGGGACUCAACUUUAAUAGUUGCAAUGAAUUUGAGGGGGAAAACAAAGUUACCAUCUUUAGAACAUGCUCUAGGGAAUUUCUGUGCGGCUGGAUUUCCCACUCGAGGCAAACCAUGUUUGGGUGUGCAAACAAAGUAUCACAUUUGUAGCUGAAAAGAAAAAAGAGCUACUUAUAUGGUGUUGGAUACUCUUAAUGAUGUGAGUCCUUUUAGGGAAAACCGUGCGGGCUUG